AUGCGCUACGCUUCCAAAACCCUCAAGCACAAAAAAGGGUUUUAUCACAGAAAAUACAGACCCCGUCUGUGCUCCUCUGUGUUUGAUCUUCCUUCAAACCAGCCUUCUUCACCACUAUCACCAGAAAGUGACGAAUCUGUCAUUGAGGAGAUAUUCAGUGCUUUUGCCGAAAGCAGCCCUUUUGUUAUUGAGUCUCCUGAUUCAGUAGAGCCAGAUCGGUCUAGGGUCUCGACUGCCGAUACACUUCCUACGAUUCCUGAAGGUACCCCAGUGCUUAUCCACAAACCCACUGAGCUAGAGCCGUUUCCUCCAGAACCAAUAAAGCAGACUCCGAUUAAGGUCUCAAGAAUACCCACAAAGCCAAGAAUUGUGACCCAACCGAGAAUAGUGACUCAAUUGAGAAUCACCACCUUGGACCGCUGGCACUUGAGAGAACUAGAGCGUAUCUACUACCUGAACAAUGUGUGGAAGUACCAUAGAAUCAAGGCGGUCAAAUUCGGCUGGAGGGCAAUGAGAGCAAGAGUCAAGGCACUUUUGGGAUACAGAGCCGAGGUGGAAGUGAAGCUUCCUGUGAGAUCUGUUAAACCACCGAAUAUGGAAUGUUUGUUGUGGGAUGGAUCGUCAGAGGAGAGCAUCGGCUGUUCUGAGGUUUUGCCAAGGAUACGAGGAAGGCAUCUGAAACGAAAGGGUGAGCUUGAAAGGAAGGAUAAUACUAAUGUUGUUCCUGACAUCCAAAGAAAGAGUUCAGGCAAAUGUGAUGGGGAUUCCUUGAGACUAGGGCCAGAGGAGGUGGAACCAAAGAGCAUUCCCAAAGUUGACAAAUCUUACAACUACUUUAAGGAUGAACAGAAACUGGUGACGCCGGGCUCUCGAGACUCUUCGUGGCAAUUGGUGAAAAAGCCUAUCACUUUACAUCCAGGGAAGUGGGACAAAUCUACAAUAAAGAGAUUCAACAACAUGGUCCUACAAGAGCACUACGGCAGCCUCAUCAAGAGCUUCAUGGGCUGUAAGAAAAGAGUCACCUUAUCCAAAGAUUUCCUUCUCGAACUGAACUUUUCAGGGUCUAAAGGGUUCUGUGGGUUCCAGAAUGCCGUCAGUAUGGCCCUCAAAGCACGGGCUGCAUUAGACGAGAUGGAAGAAGGCUUUGGAAAGAUGAUAGCGUUGGGAAUAAAGUCAGCGAAAUUCAGUCAGAGCUUGGGUAUCAAGAUUCCAGAGUUGGAUCACCAUUGGGUAUGGCUGCGAAAUAACGGUUCCUCAAGCAUUGGAACGAAGGUGCAUCUCAACACACAAGGCCAUUUGCUGGUGAACUUACUUCUUGAUGAUAGGAGUGAGAAGAAAGGUGUUUCUGAGAAUUCGUCAAAUCCUGGAUCUGAUUCUAUACCGAGUGGCCUGGAUGAUCCACCACACUCUAGGUUUGCCGGUGCUGAAAGUCUUUGCACCACUGCAGACGACUUGAUACGGGCCGCCCAAGAUCUACUUGGAGAAAAUGAGAUUGACGACGAAAAUGAAGUUGGCGACGAAAAAGAUUGUUCUCAAUGA